AUGACUGCUUCCGUCGAUUCCAAGCUCUUUUUACAGGCAAAGAAAUCAGGAAUGAUGGACGAAGGCUAUGCAUGGAUCGUCACUGAAGGGUUAUCGUCUUUGUUAGAUCCUGUUCAUUCCAAAGCAAUCAAUUCAAUGGAAGGCGUAUUGGGUUUAAGGCCGUUUAUACCCUCUUCAAGGAAGCUCCAAGUUUCCAAAUUGAAAUCUUCAAUUAAGGGACAAAACCUCUUCGGAUUGUGGGCAUACGACACUGUUUGGGCGGUGGCUGCGGCGGUUGAAAAGGCUGGCAUGGCACAUUCAGGCUUUACGAUGUCGAAUACUGGUGAGAAUGAAGUUGAUAUUGCAGCGUUGGGAACAUUUGAAGAUGGCCGAAAGCUGCUUAACGCUUUGCUAAACAGAACAUUCGACGGCGUAAGUGGAGAAUUUCACUUGGUCAAAGGGCAAUUGCAACCUUCAACAUUUGAAAUAUUCAAUGUCGUUGGAAAGCAUGAGAGAAUUAUCAGAUAUUGGACUCAAACGAAAGGACUUCAGCGAGAUUUGAAUGAUAAUGGUAAUAAGGCAGUAAACUCAAAGCUAAAGAACCCAGUCUGGCCUGGAGACAAUACUAUAAAUCUGCCCAAUAAUAAAUUCAGGAUCGGGAUUCCAGUGAGAAAUGUUUUUACUGAAUUUAUCAAUAUGGAAAACGAAACUGAUGUGAACGAUGAGCAUAAAAUUUCAAGGUUCUCCUAUGAAGUGUUUAUGGUAGUAUUGGAUGUUCUGGAAUUUUCCCUCCCGCAUAAGUUCAUCCCCUUCGGAAAAAAUGGGACGAUAGCGGGGACUUACGAUGAACAUCUCUAUAAAAUCAAAUAUCAGGAAUAUGAUGCUGUAGUGGGGGACACAACAAUUGUAGCAAACCGGUCAACUUAUGUUGAUUUUACGUUGCCCUAUUCAGAAUCUGGAGUGUCAAUGGUGGUUUUGGUGAAAGAUGAUGAGAAGAAAGACUUCUGGAUAUUCUUAAAGCCAUUGAGUUUGGAUCUUUGGUCAACAACUAGCUUAGUCUUCAUUUUAAUAGGUUUGGUUAUAUGGGUUCUUGAGCAUCGUAUAAACACCGAAUUCAGAGGACCUCCAGAGCAUCAACUUGGCACAAUAUUUUGGUUCUCCUUCUCCACACUCGUCUUUGCUCACAGAGAAAAGGUGGUGAACAAUUUGUCAAAAUUUGUGUUGAUUAUAUGGAUUUUUGUGGUACUCAUCUUGACACAAAGUUAUACUGCAAGUUUAGCUUCAAUGUUAACAGUGAAGCGGUUGCGGCCUUCGUUUGAUGAUGUGCAAGAGAUCAGAAAGCAUGGCUACUUUGUAGGAUACCAGAAUAAUUCUUUUGUGAAAGAUCUCUUAAUGAAACAACUGAGAUUUAGUGAAGACAAAUUGAGGCCUUAUAACACCCCAGAAGAGUAUAAUGUAGCAUUGUCUAAAGGAGAGGUGGCUGCAAUUUUUGAUGAAAUCCCAUACAUAAAGCUCUUCCUUAAUAAGUACUGCUCCAACUUCAUGAUGAUCGGACCUACCUACAGAACCGGCGGAUUUGGCUUUGCCUUUCAACAAGGUUCCCACUGGUUCCUUACAUGUCAAGUGCAAUUUUGAAGGUGACUGAAGAUAAAGAUACAAUGGAAG